CGUGACAUCUUUAAAACUUUUUUUGGGGAAAACCGGGGCCCACCCUGACUUUAUUUUCUUACUUGAACAUUUUAAGAUCGUUUCUUGUCGACUUUUGCCCUUAAAAAUUUGUAAACAUCCCGGAAACAAAAGGGUAUACGACACUUUUUGAAAUGAACAUUUUCCCCUAAAAAAUCCAAAGGAAAAGAAAAACGUUUCCUGUGUAACGUGUGCUGCAAACAGUUCCAGCACAAAGGAAAUCUAAACUCUCACAUGAGGUCGCACACUGGGGAACGUCCUUACAGUUGCGAUGUUUGCGAGAAAAGGUUCUCAACUUCUGGAAUACUCAAAACACACAUGAGGACACACACCGGGGAGAAACCUUAUCUCUGCGAUACUUGCGGCAAACGCUUCUCUCACAUCGGCAUUCUUAAGAAUCACAUGCUGACACACUCUGGUGAGCGACCACACAGAUGCCCGAUACCAGACUGCGGUAAAGACUACAGCCGGGCUGCUAACCUCAAAAUCCACAUGAGAUCACACACAGGUGAACGUCCAUUCCGAUGUGAAUACCCGAAGUGUGACUGGACUUUCGUAUCGAAUGCUGAUCUGAAAGUGCACAUGAGAACACAUUCAGGAGCUAAAUCCUUCACCUGUAACGUGGAGAACUGCAAGAAAGAGUUCCUUUACAACCAGGACCUCAAAAACCAUAUCCUCUCGCACAAAGAAAUCAAUAUGUCUAUAACCGAUGACUGCAACUUCCCAAGACCCCCAGAUUAUCAAAACUAUACCCGAAAGAGCUGCCAACUACGACUGGAUUUCGCUUGAAAGUGAAUUCAAGAAGAUUGAAUCCUUUGGAGACUGUCAGAAAUCCCACUCUGGACUAAAACCCUACUCCUGUUCGAUCUGCUCUCACAGCUUCUCGACACUGUCGAAACUGAAGCAGCACAUUAAAGAGCACGACACAGUGAGCGAAACCCGACCUUACAAAUGCACUGACUGCUCCAGAAAGUUCUCUCAGCCCCGCAACAUUCACAGACACAUGGUGCUGUCUCACGGCAAGCCGGAGACUACUGGACCCUUCACUUUAGCUCUGAUGUCACCGGAGAGGAUACCCUUCACUGACAAGAACUGUCAAGGAGAGCGAGGCAGGAAGCGACCACUGGAAGAGCUCCAUAAGUCUGCCUUCACCCCGGUCGCCAAGUCUCCCAAUACUUCUCCUGACGGAAAGCUGACCCCACCCGCCAAGGUGUGUCGUAAUGGUAACCCCACCAAACUGUUCAUCACCAACGUGAAGAGUCUGCGAGAGGAGAACCCGUUCCCAGACAUCACACCACUUGACUCACCGGACUCCGGAAAACUAAAGAUAAAAGAAGAGAAGAAGUCGCCCCGUCACCACCCCUACACCAAACCUUCUCCAACGAAGACCAGUUCUAGACAACCCCCUAGACUGGCUCCUAAACCUCCGCAAUACGCCAUAGUGCAGGCUGUAAACCUCCCUACUCUACACGCCUUCAAUGUCAAGAUAGAGAGACAAACCAGCUCUCCUCCAGCAGCAGUAACCAGCGCCCCACAUGUAGCAGUCCCAAAGUCUCGACCAGUAACCAGCUCACACACAGCAGUCUCCACUGCCCAACCCUCUCCUCCAGCCAGGAUUCACACUCCGGAGACCCUGCAUUCGAUCACAAUGGUGGAUCAGAUCAGGUACGCCGCUGUGAUGACGUCAUUCGACCACUUAGUGCAAGGGUAUCUAGCUCACAGGACCUACCAGUCUCUAAAGUGCUUCUACAAGUGCCUGACGACUGCUAAACAGUCCGUGGAGUUAGGGACAAUGCCAUGGUGAGUGCAACACAUACCUGUACCACUUGCUACAGUGGUUACAACGACAAUGUGAUCAACAGCUGAUGAGACGAGAUGUGCUAGUCCUGCCCUGUCUGCAGCACAGGUUACUCAACACGAAGAAAGAAGAUUGAAGAAAGAAGACACAAUUUGAAGAAAAGAAGAGAAGAAAGUAAAGAAUAAAGCUGAUAUGUUUAUACGCAAUUUACCACCGUUUUGUACCAUGAUAUUUUAUGAAAGAGCACAUGUUUUGUACUCUGAUAUUACGUACUCGGGUUUAUUGGACACUCAUCAUUUGUUUUAUACAUUUUUAUUCGGGCGGAUCGCUUCAAGAGCUAUAUUGUACAUAUUAAUUAUCAUUUAUUAUACUCCUUUUUAAUUUAUCAAC